UGAGCGUAGAUCAAUUGAAGCAAUAAAACAAUAGCAUUCACUCCAUUUUGACCCACGGCCAACAAACCGUGAUCGCUCGAUUACAAACCCCUCCACAUUUUUCUCUCUCCAUGUAUCCCAAUUAGGUAAUCCCUACUUCGGUCCAGACUCAAACUCCACCAUCGUCAUUAACUUCACCACUUCUCCAACCAAAACCAAUUGAUCUAAUUGCACUCUAACACGAUGAUCUGCAAUUCCUGUCGCCGCGCAGCAAUGCGCUCUGCUCGUCUGCCUCUGCGCACACUCAUCCGCGCCCCUACGACUAUCGCCCGCCUUACAACACAAACACCUACCUCAACACCGCGAAGACUUCUCUCGACCUCUACGACUCGAUUCUCCGCUGCUGUUGAGGAAGAGCCCGAUCUGCCUUCCAUGAGCCCCGCCGAAUCUGCCAUCGCCGAAAUUCUCUCCGAGAAGCUUCAACCUACCGAACUACUUGUCCAAGAUGUCUCGGGUGGUUGUGGGAGCAUGUACGCCAUCGAUAUUACAUCCCCUGCUUUCAAGGGCCAGACAAUUUUGAAGCAGCAGCGCAUGGUAAAUGCUGCUCUUGGAGAUCUUGUCAAGGGCUGGCACGGCGUUCAGAUCAGGACCAAGGUCCCCUCUGCUUAAGCGCAAUUGGCUUACGGAACAACAUAUCUUUAUGUAUACAAUGGCGAAAAUUGGUGGAGAUACUGGGUGGGAUGAUUGUACGACUAUGGAGAUUGCUAGAGUUCAGGACGCCACGAAUGGGAAGACAUGUUUUGUGCAAGAUUCAGAUCCUGCUGCAGCUCAGCAGUUAUCACGAAUCGGUUGAGCCUUGAGUCGACAGGCUAGUGUAUACAAAGGAAACAGAAGAACAGUGCAUA